AUGACAGAUGAUUCCCCAGACCGCAGGAAGAGAAGCAAGUGGGACGAGACUCAGAGAUCCAGCUCUAGUAGGGACAGAGUCGGUCACCAUGGAGACCACCGGCCAGACGAAAGGGAAAGGUCUGUGAGCGGUCGUGGGGGAUCUCGCUGGGACGACAGGCGUUCCCGUUCCCCGGCCUCGAACCCUUACACUUCUCGUCGAGAGGACCGCAGAGAUGAGCGUCGGCGAAGUCGCAGUCCUCCCCCCACUCGUGAUGCCACAAGCCCAAGCAGCAAAUCUCCUGCCAAACCCGACCCUGCAGCUGCUGCUGCUGCCGCCGCCGCUCGUAUCAAUGCUUCAAUUCAAGCCAAGCGAGGCAUUCAGCACGUUGAUGUCCCUCCAAUUAGAUCACAGCAGAAUGCUGGGAAAUCGUCUAGCCCUCCUAGCACAACAACUUUCAACAGUGAUAUGUACAUUGCCGAUGGAGAUUAUAUCAAAGACAUAGAGGUUAAUGACUUGCGCAAUCGCUAUACGCUGACAAAGGGUGCUACUCAGAAAAUGAUAAAAGAAGAGACUGGCGCGGAUGUCACCACCCGCGGAGCGUAUUAUCCGGAUAAAACUAUGGCCACGCCACAGAACCCGCCCUUAUAUCUUCACAUUACUAGCACGACGAAAGAAGGGUUGGAGAAGGCAGUCCUCAAGAUUGAAGAAUUAAUGAAACAGGACCUUCCCAACCUUGUUGACGAGCGCCGAUUUAAGAGAAGGGAACCACCAGAACCUGUUGAACGUGAUGAGUACGGAAGGCGUAAAUGGCCCGAGGAAAGAAUUCCUGUCGACUUAGAGCCUAUUCCUGGAUUUAACUUACGUGCAGCUGUCGUUGGCCACGGCGGGCAGUACGUCAAGCAUAUACAGCAGGAGACACGUUGCCGUGUUCAAAUUAAGGGCCGUGGAUCUGGCUUUAUGGAACACGGCCUUGGCCAGGAGAGUGAUGAACCCCUUUAUCUUCACGUGACUGGCCCUGACGCCCGCGAGGUCCAGAACGCCAAGGGUCUUUGCGAAGACCUUUUAACAGCUGUAAAACAACAGUAUGAAGAGCACAAGAGCCAACCACAGCCAGCUCGUUUCCCCGGCUAUGGCGGAAACAACUCACAUGUUUAUGUGCCCUCUAUGCCAAACAACCAGGGGCAAAGUCAAAACCACAGUCAAAACCAAGGUCACGGCCACGGCCACGGGCACGGCCAUGGGCAUGGGCAUGGGCAUGGGCAGAGUCAUGGUCAGUCAGCAUCGCCACCUCCAGCUCAGCAGUCUGCACAACCAGUAGCCCAAGGAGUGCCAGGUGCUGCAGCAGUAGCUCCAGGAGCUAAUCCCUAUGCUGCUUACUAUGGAGGCGGGGCCGAUCCUUACGCAGCGUUUGGGGGAUAUCCGGCGUAUAUGCAAUACUACCAAGCGUAUUAUGGUCAGCAGCAGCAGCAAGCCCCAGGAGCCUCCCCAUAUCAGACAAUGACCUCUGUAAGCUCGCCGCCACCACCGCCACCACCAUCUAGCAACCCACCACCGCCACCACCACCGCCGCCACCUUCUUACAAUGCUGUUAGGCCCCCUGGGGUCUGA